CUGCUGAUGGAGUCAAGUCAGGGUUCCUGUGAUGCUCCUGUGCAGCAUGCUGUCCAUGUGCAGUUCAAACACAAAGUUUAGAAGUCCUGAUUGGCUGUCCAAGCAAGAAGUUACUCACAAACAGAUGCAGCUAAGAGGCCUGUACCAGGAAGUGAGUUUAACACACCUGUGAUAUCUUCCUGAUGUCUGGAUUCACUGAAACUAACGAAGCAGGUUAUCAGUUCACUAAGUUAAUAACCAGCUUCAUGUGAGCUUCACAUGAAAGGAGUGAGGCUGGCAUGUGACCAAUCAGAAGCAUGGAUUAGUGUCCUGGGAGCGGAGGAAGAAGAGACUGUGACUGACAGUGAGAGAGGAGAAGCCUGCAUGACUGUGACGACCAACAGCGUCGGAGUGUCCUCACAGGCCGAGAACUGGCUGGAGGCGGAGUCAGAGUGUAGCAGGAGGGACUUCCUCUGAGCCGAGGGCAAUAUGCUGCUGACUUCCUGCUCUGACGCCUGUGGUCUCAAUCUGCUCUGGUGCCUCCUGAUCGUACUCAAAGCCCUGCCAGCAGCUCUCGGGGGUGACCUGUCUGAACCAUGUGGUGGGCGGGACUGCUCCACCUGUCAGUGUUUCCCAGCCAAGGGAGCAAGGGGUGCUCCUGGUGCUCUGGGUCUGCAGGGCCCUAACGGACCCAUGGGCUUCCCGGGUCCUCAGGGGCCUCCAGGAGAGAAAGGCCAGAGAGGAGAUGAGGGGCCAACAGGAGCUGCAGGCCUGAAAGGACAUAUGGGAUCUCUUGGUGUUCCUGGUUUUCCAGGUUUGGAUGGAGUUCCGGGACACCCGGGACCUGCUGGAGGUCCAGGACGUCCAGGUCUGGAUGGAUGUAAUGGAACUAGAGGAGACAAGGGGAAAGCUGGCCUUCCGGGAGAACAAGGACGUGACGGAGAACUGGGUUUUCCAGGACCGAAAGGAUAUCCAGGAGAUCAGGCGGUGUACUUCAUACGUUACCCUGGAGUGAGUGGAGAUGCUGGGCCCAGUGGAUGUCCUGGUCUGCAGGGUGAGCAGGGCUUCUCGGGAUCGAAGGGAGCAACGGGUUCUCCAGGACCGAAAGGCCAAGACGGUGUACCUGGAAGCCCGGGUUCUCGAGGUUCACCCGGGGAAAGAGGUCGAUCUCUACCUGGACAGAAAGGAGACGAGGGGGAUCAGGGUUUGCAGGGACGUCCAGGGCCGUUUGAGUAUGUUGACCCUCCCGAAGACCUCUACAUCAAAGGAGACAAAGGUUCCCGGGGAGUUAAAGGAGUCUGUGGAAUUGACGGACUGCCGGGUCUGGAUGGGCCACCUGGGAUGGAAGGGGAGAAGGGGAUUUUGGGGCUUCCUGGACCAAGGGGACUCCCUGGACAACCUGGUCUCCGUGGGAACAAAGGAGUUAAGGGAAUCCAAGGAAGCUCAGGACUCCCAGGUCUGAUUGGACGAAAGGGUCCUAAGGGCAAAAGGGGAGAUCCCGGGCCUCCAGGCGUCCCCCGGGUGGCAGACAUCACGUACACCGGUCGAGUUGGAGAUCCCGGGUCACCCGGCCCGCACGGCCUUAAUGGAGACAGAGGACGGAUGGGAAUACCUGGCGCCCCAGGACUGCCUGGCAGAUCAAUACUCGGACUGCGGGGAGUUGUAGGUCAGAAGGGAGUUCCAGGAUGCAAGGGGGUCAGAGGAGAUCCAGGUCAGAUCUCUACAGAGAAACCCACACCUGGAGAACCUGGAAAACCAGGGCGCCCUGGAUUCAGGGGACCUAAAGGACAGCAAGGUGUUCCAGGUACCUACUGUCUCCCUGGAGCCUCAGGACCACCUGGGGACCCAGGUGUGUCAGGGCCCACAGGGUUUCAGGGCUCACUGGGAAUUAAAGGUAGUUGUGGUGGCUGUUCUUGUGGCGUUCCUCUUGUACUAAGAGGUGCACCUGGCCCUAUGGGUGACUUGGGAUUUCCAGGGUUCCAAGGAUCCCCCGGACCCACAGGUCCUCGGGGAGAGUACGGUGUUCCCGGAGACACAGGAGAGACUGGUGAGCAGGGUCGGGCUGGAUUCCCGGGUUUCAAAGGCUUUAAAGGACAGAAAGGAGAUUUAACGGUGGAGGAUAUUGAAGGUGAGAAGGGAAACAAGGGACAGCAGGGCCCUGCAGGCAGACAAGGGUUCCCAGGAAGAAGAGGACAGACUGGGCCCCCAGGGGUCCCUGGAAAUCCCGGUUUCCAGGGUGAGAGUUUUUCCAGUUUCCCUGGAGAAAGGGGCCUCAGAGGAACUACAGGGUUAAAGGGAUAUUUAGGACCUCCAGGUCCCCGAGGACAAGGUGCAGAUGGAGCUGUGGGAAAACAUGGACUCCCUGGGGAUCCAGGACCUACUGGAUCCUGUGGCCCCCCGGGGUUAAAGGGGGUGAAAGGUGACCCUCCACCCUUUAGACCCAUAAGACCUGGUGGCCCCGGAGAGAAGGGAGACCCUGGAAGUGCAGGCUACGCAGGUUCCCAGGGUCCUCCAGGUUUUCCUGGUGGCAUUGGGUCAGAUGGGCCUAAAGGAGACAAUGGAAAGGAUGGACUUCCUGGAAUACCUGGGAAACAAGGACCUCAGGGUGUCACUGGAGAUUAUGGAGAUGAAGGACCUGAAGGCUUCAGUUAUGAUGGAGAUCCAGGAUCUCCGGGACUUCGAGGCUCUGCAGGUCUCAGGGGACCAACAGGAGACUCUGCUGUUGGGCUCCCAGGCUCUAUUGGCUUUCCAGGGACACGGGGCCCUCAAGGACCCAAAGGAGUGCCUGGCAACCCUGGCCAACAUGGUCUACCAGGCAUCAGUGGUCUCCAUGGAUGUCGUGGAGCAAAGGGUCAGAAAGGAGAUGAUGGAGCCCCAGGUAUAACUGGCUGCCCAGGACCCACAUCGAACCGAUGUGAUCCAGGAAAACCUGGUACAAUGGGCCAGUCGGGCUUUCGAGGAUCUACUGGAGCCCAAGGUAUUUCUGGGGAUAAAGGGGAGAUCGGCAACGUUGGUUCUGAAGGAAUUGGCCCCAAAGGCUCUGUGGGUGCAUCAGGACUUCCAGGUGUCCGUGGAAAGCCUGGUGGUCAGGGCCUCCCAGGACUCAAUGGAAGCUCAGGACUUCAGGGCACUGGUGGUCCAAAAGGUCUGACUGGACCCUGGGGCUGGGAGGGAGUGCCUGGGAACCCUGGAAAGCCGGGGGUCCCCGGAGAUCUGGGCAGGACUGGAGAGAGAGGGUUCAAUGGACGAGAUGGUGGUCAAGGAAUCGAAGGGCCAAAAGGACAGAAAGGCUUUCAAGGUCCAACAGGCCCUCCAGGACCAACCAACUACAUCCUCAUUAAAGGAAAGAGAGGAAACCCAGGACAUCCCUCCACUGUUGGAUUUACUGGACCUCGAGGAAGCAAAGGUAUGCAGGGAGCAGCAGGCAAGCCAGGGCAUCCAGGGUGCGAUGGACCCCCGGGCAUUGUAGGACCCCCCGGGCCCCCUGGACCCUGUGGCAAACGAGGCCCUGUGGGACCCCCAGGACUGAAGGGGUUUGAAGGAUACUGUGGCUUUCCCGGAAACGUUGGAGAUCCAGGUGACAAAGGAUGCACAGGGAAACCUGGUGAGCCCGGUCCCCCAGGAUGUAAAGGUCCCAAAGGUAAUAAAGGGGAGUCUAUUGGUUGCCCUGGUCCAAAUGGAGAAAGGGGGCCUCGUGGAGACAAGGGGCACCUAGGACCUCCUGGAUCUCCUGGAGAUCUGGGAGGGUUGGGUUUUACUGGGGCUCCAGGAGAGAAAGGAUGCAGAGGAGAGAAGGGACACUGUGGAAGCAUCGGUCAUAGAGGUGUGAUUGGGCCCCCAGGUCCCAGGGGUCAACCAGGUACUCCAGGUAUUCAAGGUAAAUGUGGGGGUGAUGGUCCUCCAGGACACGAAGGCUGCCGAGGACUUAAAGGCUCUCCUGGACCGCUGGGACUUCAUGGACUGGACGGACUGAAAGGAGAGAAGGGGGCCAUUGGGACCAGAGGUCGGGGCUUUCCUGGUGUCAAAGGUUCCUUGGGUCCACCAGGAGAUAAAGGCCCUCCAGGACAUCAGGGUCUUUGCGGUACAUCUCAACCUGGACCACCAGGAUACAAAGGCCCCUUCGGACCCAAAGGGCCUCCAGGUAAAUGUGGACCUCCAGGUAAACCUGGACCAGACUGCAAAACUCCUAUCAAAGGGCCCUGUGGAGAUCCUGGCUGUCCAGGCCCAGAUGGAGAGCCAGGGAAUCUUGGUGAGAUAGGGGAUCCUGGUCAAAACCCCCCAAUUCGUGGGGAUAUUGGGGACAAUGGUAACGUGGGAUGCCAAGGGCCAAAGGGACCAAGAGGAUGCCCAGGACAUAUAGGAACACAAGGUUGCACCGGAUACCCAGGACAAAAAGGUAUGAGAGGCGAUACUGGUUUGUUGGGAAUACCUGGCCCUCGAGGUUGUAAGGGUGUUCCUGGUCACUGUGGAUCUCCAGGACUUCCUGGACCUCCUGGAGUUCAUGGACCAAAAGGGGAAAAGGGUGACACCUUAGAUCCUGCACUCAUAUCACCUCCAAAGGGUCCUCCUGGAGAAACUGGCUCAACUGGUCAAUUUGGACAUCCUGGCCUGAAUGGAGAACAAGGCCCAUGUGGUCCUAAAGGUGAUAAAGGAGAUUAUGGACCUCAGGGAUGUAAAGGCUGUGAUGGACCCCCUGGUCUAAAAGGAGACAAAGGAGAGCCAGGCCUGCCAGGAGAGAGUGGAGUAGUGGGACAGAAAGGUAACCGUGGUCCAGAAGGUGAAAAGGGUUCUCACGGACCAACCAAAGAAUUGAACUUGGGCUUGUUGGUGGUGCACAGUCAAAGUGCAAACACUCCCAGGUGUCCAGGCAACAUGAACACCCUGUGGGAAGGAUUCAGUCUGCUGUAUCUGGAAGGCCAGGAGCGGGCACACACUCAGGACUUGGGUCAGCCGGGGUCGUGCAUGCGUGUCUUUUCCACCUUGCCCUUUGCUCCAUGUAACAAGCAUACUUGCUCUUACGCCAGUCGUAAUGAUAAAUCCUAUUGGCUAACGACGAUGGAGCCUGUCCCACGUGAACACGUGAGUGGAGUCAACAUCAAAAAGUACAUCAGCCGCUGUGUGGUGUGUGAAGCCCCAUCCCUACCCAUCGCAGUACACAGCCAGUCCAGUCAGUCUGUGGAGUGUCCCGAAAACUGGACAGAACUGUGGGACGGAUACUCCUUCGUCAUGCAUACCGGUGCAGGUGAUGAAGGUGGCGGCCAGCCUCUGACAUCAUCAGGUAGCUGUCUGAAAGCAUACAAGGCCCAGCCAUUCGUGGAGUGUCAGGGGCCUCGUGGAACCUGCCACUUCUUCGCCAACAUGUACAGUUUCUGGCUGACCACCCUGACCGACCCGGCGAUGCUGACCAAUGACCAAGAGCAGAGGAGGAGCAUUGCAAAGUGCAAAGUCUGCAUGAGGCUGUGAGAGGGAGGGCUGCCACCUCCACCUGUAUGAGACAGAGAAGAGAUGCUUCAUCUCCUCAUCUUUCUCAAGGAAAUCGAGUGGACGCAUCACUCCCUUCAGCUUUACGAGGCAGGAGGGAGCGAGUGAGGAUGUGCUUCGGCUCCAUCGAACCGGCAGGACUAGUGUGUUUGUCUCUGUGAGGAGAGACCGUCGUCUUACAGUCAGUCAGCUGCUUGGCUGAUAAUCAAUCAGUCCUGAUCUGCAACAGCACAAGCAUUCGCAUCAGCUCAGCACUCGCUUCAUUGCAUUCAUCAGUAGGCGGGUUAUUAAUGAAACUUUAACCUAAAUAAAUCCGCCUAGCUAUUCCAAAAAAUACUUUAAAAAGAUGACUUCACAGGAAAGCGCCGCACAUUUUGGUUGGGAUGCCCUUCCUGUGCUUCCUCUUUCAUCUGUCACUCGAAUUUAGAAACUGUAAAUAUUCAUAUUUCUUUGUAAAAAUAGCAGCGACGGACAUUCAGGCUACUUAUGUCAGCUCGUGAGGUUAGUGAGUCCUUCUCCGUGCAGAUGGACGGAUGAAAUAGUCUCAUAAUAUAUUUAACAUCCAAUCUGCAGCACUCAAAACAUAGCUUUGUUUUACAGCAGGUCACUUUCCAAGGUUUGUGCUUGGAAUGAUGUGUUUUUAUUCCGAUGUGUAACAGGGUAGGGUACGCAGCACAUUAUCCAGUUUUUAUAUGAUAUCACAUGUGAUUUAGUUUCCUUUAAUUAAUUCAGAGGUGGCUCUAUCUGCAGCUCCGUGUGUGUUCUUGGGCCCCACGAGAGUAGCUUUGUAUGAAAGACAAUCUUUUUUUAUCUCACACGUACUGUAAAUGAGCUGUUUUAGCUGCUUGAAAUGUUAUAAAUAUAAGUGACUGAUAUUAAUAUUUAAUGUACAUAGCUAACAGUCUAAGAGCCUCUAAAACUUUUCAUAUUUUCUUUUUUAUUGUCUUUUCUGUGGUUGUUACAGUUCAGCAUUACUCAGGGAUGGAAGUAAUCAAUUAACCGAAACAAUCUAGUCUUUCUGUAAUAAAUCUUUUUGAGACAUUUUAAGUGUUUGCCAUAAAUAUAAUGAAAAACAAAAAACAGAAAAUUUCCUGUGAACUACAGACUGGGAAAUGACAGCGAAUCAGAAUGAGCCACAUUUCUAUUCCAAGUGUUUGUAAAAGUCAGACUGCAGCUCUGCCUGAUUUUGUGCAGCGCUAAAUGAAGCUUCACCUGCCACAGUAACAUGAUUAUAAUACUAAUACACACACAAAUACAUAGAAACAUAAUCAGGGAAAACGGAGUGAAUGAAA